CUCCUGGGCACCGCGCGGGGCCUCGCGGACUGGCACGCGCACAACGGCUACUGCGCCUCGUGCGGCGGUCCGACGAAGCCCGCGCGCCACGGGCGGAACCGCCAGUGCGUCGACUGCGACACGCGCGUGCGGCCGCGCCUCGACCCGUCGGUCAUCGUGCUCGUGACGAACGAGCGGCGCGACCGGUGCCUGCUGGGCCGCGCGAAGGGCUGGGCGCCGGGCCGGUGGUCGACGCUCGCGGGCUUCGUGGAGUUCGGCGAGUCGCUGGAGGAGUGCGUCGUCCGGGAGAUCGCGGAGGAGGCGGGCGUGGCGCCGGACCGCGCGUCCCUGCGGCAGGUCGCGAGCCAGCCCUGGCUCUUCCCGCGGUCGCUCAUGGUCGGCUACGAGGCCGUCGUCGAC